AAUAAGCCUCACAUCUUCAUGGACCCGAACGAAUAUUUCAUUCGGAGUGCAGACCUUCAGGAUGUCGGUGAAACUAAACCAUCCUCCUUUUUCCAGAAGAAACUGUCGAAAAGAUGAACUGGUUGUGAAUAUGUGACGAAAAAAUUGGUAAUCAUGGCGAGUUUUGUUGGGUUUUUGUAUUGUUUCUGUUGCUAUUCAACGAUUUUAGCAGGUUAUUUUUGUUUGUACUGUCAUUUAUUGCCAGUAUUAUUAAUUUCGAAUAAACUUUAUAGAUGUCUAACAGACAUCAUCUUCACUUUCUGGCAGUCUUACGCUACUGCUUUACUUCAGUUCUUGAUUAAAUGCGAUAUUGAAGUUACUGGAGAUACCAUCAACUCCGAUGAAAUGUCGAUUAUUGUUAUGAACCAUCGGACAAGAACUGAUUGGAAUUUUCUAUGGGCAGCACUUCAUCAUGCCAUUUGUGGGAAAAACAAGUAUAAAUUUUCGACGAAAUUCGUGUUGAAAGAUAUGAUCAGACAUUUUCCUGGGCCAGGCUGGGUGAUGCAGCUAACAUUCUCGAUAUUCAUAAGGAGGUGUUGGAUUGCCGACAAAAAAAUCUUGGAAAGUUUUUGUGGAUACAUAUCGGCCCUAUCUUACAAAUGCAGCGUUCUGAUUUUUCCUGAGGGGACUGAUUUCACCGAAGGUACCAAAAAAAAGAGCGAUGAGUUUGCCCUGAAAAAUAACUUGAAGCAAUAUAAACACGUUCUUCAUCCUAGAACAACUGGAUUCGCGUUUUUGGCCAAUAAGCUAAUGGAAGAAAAAUCUUUGGGGGCAGUUUACGACAUAACGAUAUUCUAUCAGGAUUGUAUUCCACAAAAUGAGAAAAUUUUACUACGAGGUAAUUUUCCGAGGAAAAUCAAGAUUCACGUGGAAAGAUAUCCAGCGGAUGAACUUCCCCUAACAGAAAGUGGCCUGAAAAAGUUCCUUGAAAAUUUAUGGUACAAAAAGGAAGAUCUCCUUCAAGAAUAUCACGAAAAUCCUAAAAUGAGCAACGGACGAAUUUUGAAAUGCAAAGAUAUCGCAAUUCUUCGUAUGGCUUUUGUAUUUUGGAAUGCUCUUUUGAUAGCUUCAUUCGUCUUUUUUCUCUAUAGUCAUUAUUUCAGAAUUAUCUGUUUGUUUCAUACGCUAUUUCUGAUAUCUAUCAAUGUGAUUUUGCCUCAUGGUUUUCAGAGUAUAGAAAUUAAACUUUAUGAAGUAAGGAAGAAGUUAGCCAAUCGUGAUUCAAUCCCCGUUUUGUGGGGUAGAUUUCGACAACUCCCAUACAAAAUGUCCGUUUUUGCAGAAAUGGGUUACUUCGUCGGCAUUUUGUAUUUCUACCUGUGGUUCACCAGCAUAUUGGCAGGUUAUGUAUGCUUGUACUGUCCGAUUUUACCUAUUCUGCUAUUAUCGAACAAGUUAUACAGAUAUUUGACAGAUGGUAUUAUAACAUUUUGGCAACAAUACCCAGCUGUGCUUGCGAGAGUUUUAUGCAAGACUGAGGUAGAAGUGACUGGCGAUGCCAUAAGAUCCAAUGAAAUGUCGAUUCUGGUCAUGAACCACAGGACAAGGACUGACUGGAAUGUAUUGUGGCCGUCUUUGUACCAUUGUGUUGAAGGGACAACCUCCUACAGACAUUCGACCAAAUUCCUCCUGAAGGAUGGGAUAAGACACGUCCCUGGAGCAGGUUGGGUGAUGCAACUGUCUUUCUGGAUAUUCAUCAGGAGAUUUUGGACCUCAGAUAGGGACACUCUAAAAAAACUGUGCGACUACAUAGAGGCACUCUCGUAUAAAUUCAGCAUGGUAGUUUUUCCUGAAGGCACAGAUUUCACCGAAGAAACGAAGGAAAAAAGCGACGUUUACGCCAGAAAGAAUAAUCUACAGAAAUACGACUAUCUGCUCCACCCGAGAACGACAGGCUUCGCUUAUUUGUCCAGCCAGUUGCUCAAACAAAACUGCCUGGACGCUGUGUACGAUCUGACUUUGGUAUAUCCUGACGUUGUCCCACAGACUGAGAAACAUUUGGUGCAAGGAAAAUUCCCCAAACAUGUUAAACUGCACAUAAAAAGGUACCCAUCACAAACUCUACCAAAAUCGGAAGAAGACCUGAAGAAGUUUCUAGACGUCAUUUGGAAAGAGAAAGAAGCCGCUCUCAAAGAAUUCCACACCACCAAUAAUUUCAUACCCGGACCGAGCCUAAGAAAGAGCUGUCUUGACCUUUUCCCUGCUUUCAUAUUCUGGACAGUUCUUCCUUACUUCGCCAUAUAUUUACUAUUUUGCUACCAAGAAUUCAGAAAAAUUUGUUUUCUGCACACGGUAUUUUUACUAUGUGUCGACCUCUUAACCCCUGGUUUUCAAUGGUUCGAAAUCACACUGUACAGGUUGAAAAAAGAAUUUCUCGGACCGAAAUUCACCUUCUGAAUG